AUUAAUGCUUCUCCCACCCACUUUAUCAUAUAUAGUGAGAAAACAAAACUACCAAAAUAUUACAGGAGGCAGUUCUUGAACGAACUUUAGCUCCAUAUUCUCAUUUCUCUCUCUCUCUCUUUCUCUCCCUCCCUUCAUUUACCUCCAUAAUCGAAUAGGAAAUGAUGGGGGCGUAUAGAGCGGAAGACGAUUAUGAUUACUUAUUCAAGGUUGUUCUGAUCGGAGAUUCUGGUGUUGGAAAAUCCAACCUCUUAUCAAGGUUUUCUCGUAAUGAGUUCAGCCUCGAGUCCAAAUCCACAAUCGGCGUUGAGUUCGCUACUCGCAGUAUUCAGGUUGAUGAUAAGAUCGUCAAGGCUCAGAUUUGGGAUACCGCUGGUCAAGAAAGGUACCGGGCAAUCACAAGUGCUUACUAUAGAGGAGCGGUUGGUGCACUAGUUGUGUAUGAUGUGACACGUCACGUAACAUUUGAAAACAUAGCUAGAUGGUUGAAGGAGCUUCGAGACCACACAGAUUCAAACAUUGUGAUAAUGCUAGUAGGAAACAAAUCAGACUUGCGUCACCUUAGAGCAGUUUCUCUUGAUGAUGCCAAAGCCUUUGCUGAAAAAGAGAGAACAUUCUUCAUGGAGACAUCUGCUAUGGAAGCUUUGAAUGUUGAGGAUUCAUUUACUGAGGUUUUGACGCAGAUUUAUCAUGUCGUUAUUAAGAAGGCGCUUGAUAUAGGAGGCGAUCCAGCUGCUUUGCCUAAAGGGAGAACGAUAAAUAUGGGAAGCAGAGAGGAUGUAUCGGCAGUUAAGCAAGGUGGGUGUUGCUCGUCGUAAAGUUUUGUUGUUAUAUAUAUAUAUAAGAUUGAAUAAAAACUCUUAUCCCAUUUGAAAUAGAAUUUAUGUUUAUAUUUGGAAAGAUCAAGUUUUGAUUAUAGAAUCAAUCAUUUGUAACAAACUGCAUUUAGGUUACACAGUUUGCUUGGUU